UAUGCGGUGAGGAGCUGGUGUGAACUGGAACUGUGCCAUGUGCUGGUGGCAUGAGGGUUUUUGGAAUAUACCUGGGACCAGAAAGUGUGUGUGGUUUAUUGCAGAGACACACAGAAGGCAGUUACAUCUGCAGAGCUGAGAACAACUGGAUCUUGUUCACGCUCAGCCAGAGGAAGACUCCUAGCCAGGCUGUGCCCGGGAGGGCGGAGGGAGCCCUGGAGGCCCUGGAGCAGGAGGAGCAGCAGAGAAGAGACAGGGCACCUGCCCAGUGCUGGGAGCUGAAGAAACUCCACACAAAUAGACCUGCAACCAGGAAAGUGCAAGAUUCCAGAGGGGUCUGGAGAGGAACUGGGGGAGGCAGCAGGGGGAGGAGGCUUUGGAGUGGGAACUCUAAUUACAGAUAACAUUUCACCUGGUGAGGCAGGUGGGGAAGGCAUUGCAGGGGGAGGAGCAACCGAGCGAAGGCCUGGAGGCUGGGGGGAAUCAGAGUCCAGGGAGCUGGGAGUCCUCCAGGCCCCUGGACCAGGCCCUGUGGAGUCAGGAGGGUGAGAAAGACAGGAGUAGGAGCAUCAGGAGGGCCUGGUGAUGGGCUAAGGGCUCUGAAUCUGACCCUGCCUUUACCCCUCCUAUCCCUGCCCAUAGAGUAUGUGCUGUACCACUUGGAGGGAGAUGUUUGGCAGAAUCUCUGUCUACCCACGGGGAGGGGAGGGCUCUCUGUCUGGCCAUGUGGUUGGGCAGGGACAGGCUUCCCCACAGUCCUCCCUUUUCCCAGAAACAGCCUUUCCAGGAAGUGACCUGGAGGCUAAAAGAGGAAGACACUUGCAAUAGAAACCCAGCAGAAGGGAGCACCACCCAACAUCCACACCCAGCUGUGUCCCAAGACAAAGGAUUGUUGUGAGAACUAAAAGUAAGUGAAUUCAUAUGAAGCAAUUGGAAAAGUGCCUGGUGCAUAGUGGGGUGUCAUCAACGACAAUAGCUAAUCAGUAUUAGGGUGAGGUCACACCUCUUUCCAGCCUGACGGAAACAAGGAGCUGACGGGAGAUCUCUGAGACCCUGCUGCUGCCAUCAUGAGCUCAGAAAACCUCGGAGACCGCCUAGAUAUUGAGAUCUUCUUUGAGGAAGUCACUGAGUGUCUCUGGGACAUACUGAGCAGGGAGGAACUGCUUCUCCUGCUGACUGAAUUCCUGAGGAAAAUUGAGGCGAAGGCUGGUUUGUCCAGGGAAGACAUGAACGCACUACAUGAAUAUCUGAAUGAAUUGAAAGGAGACUUGGCUGGGAAGGACCAGGAAAUGCUCCCAAAAGAGCAGCUGGACAGAAGGAGGUUUCUGAGGAAGUUUCCUCGGGUGACGCAGCAGCUGGUGGAGCUCGUAAGCAAGCUCCAGGAGCUUGCAGACAAUGUAGACAAAGUCCACAGGGACUGUACCAUCUCCAAUGUGGUGACCCACAGCACCGGCGCUAUAUCUGGUGCCCUGACCAUCCUUGGCCUGGCUCUGGCACCUGUGACAGCCGGGGCCAGUAUGGCACUCUCAGCCACUGGGAUAGGGCUGGGAGCAGCAACUGCUGUGACCGCUGUGUCCACCAGCAUCGUGGAACAUGUAAAUAGGUCAUCAGCAGAAAUGAAAGCCAGUCAAUUGAUGUCAACUGAUGUCAAGAAAUGGAAGGUGCUCCUAGAGGUACUCAAGAGCAACCCCCACGUUGUUGUCACAACAGAGAAAUUGGCAAAAGCCGAGAAAUACCUUGAAAUAAAUAUCCAUGCCAUGGAGACAGGCAAAGCCAACCCUGACUCUGCAGCCAAUGCAAACAUCCUCGUGAGCCUUGGGAGAAUCUCAGCCCCAGCCAUCCAGCAGGUAGAGGCAGCUUUCAAAGGCACGGCUUCGGCAGUUACCAAAGGAGCCCGAAUCGUGGGUGCGGCCACUGCAGGUGUCUUCCUCUUGGUGGAUGUGGGCUUCUUGGUGAAGGAGUCAAUGCACCUGCAUGAUGGUGCAAAGACAGCAUCAGCUGAAAACCUGCGGCAGCAGGCCAGGGAGCUGGAGAGGAAGCUGGAGGAGCUCACCCAGAUCUACAAGCAUCUGCAAGAGGACCCAACUCCACCACCCCCAGAGCAGUGAGGGUCCAGGGACACAUUCAGGGUCAAGGUGCGGAGGCACCUUGUUAGGGGAAAAAGGAGAGUGAGAUAAAAUUGUUGGAGCUGAGGGUUAGGAAACUGGCAUUUCUGCA